AUGCUGAAAGUCAACGAUUUUUGCUUUCUUGCAGGUCCAGGUCGACCGCUCCCUCCAGAGUGUGGUGGAUAUCCUCUGGGAGCUUCUCAACAGCUGAAUUCCUCCAUGCUCUCCCAUAGUGGUCCUUUACCCACAAACCAAAUGGGUCUUUCCUCCAGUUCGGUCUCUCAGAUGGGCCCGACGGUUGGAGGAUAUGUGUGCGGCAAAGGUUCCAAACAACCCCUCUGCCACCCGUCGCAAGACUUUGGAAUGGCGAUGCAGCCUGGCCAGAUCAUGAUGGGAAUGGGUGGGCCUCCACGUCAACCGUUACACCCAGCUCACGCUGUGACGCGACCAGGAAUGCCAUGCCCCAACUUACCAGGUGGUCCCGUGCAGACCCACCACCUGCGGCAGGCAUUGCACCAAGCUGGAGCUCUUCAGUCACGCAUGAUGUUCCCUCCCCAGCAGCAGCAGCCCACGUCACAGUCCCAGCUCUGGCAGCACCAACAAGGGGUUCAACCGCAUAUAAACUCUGCGAACCACCCACAUCCUUUCCCCGCCAUAGGAGCCCUAUCUGGAUGUGGAGGUCCUCAGUUUCCACAGCGAUCCGGCAUGGCAGGUAUGCCAGCCAACUUCCCUGGUUCCCGUCCUCCUCCUAAUCAGGUAGCCCCUGGUUUGGUUGGCAGACAGGACCAGAAGAUGCCCACCACCCAGCCGCUAUCCUCCAUGUCCCAACAGAACCUCAGAAUGCGAGGUCCACUUUCCGCUCUAGCUGUUAUGAAACCAGGAGGUCCAUCCAUGAUGCACCCUGCCCAUGGGAUGGGACCUCCUAGUUACCAGACUGCUUCUGCAGGGAAACACUGUUCACCACAGGGCUACAACCCCAGAGAUAAACUGCCUUCCUAUGACUACACCCCACAGCAUCAGAGCAAUGGGGCAAUGGCAGCGGGGCUACAAGGACCUGGAGGAGGAGGCGGUGGAGGUGCAGAGGUAGACUUCAUAGACACUCUGGUGGGCAACAACGAAGACUGGCUGAACAAUCUCACCAUGAUAGAUGAAUACCUUGAGCAAAACUCAUAGGGACUGAUCAAGAGCGUCUUAGGUUCGAAAAUCACUACACAGCGCAAGAAUGGGUUUGUGGGGUCAUCGCUCUGUAAAGGCAUGUUUACACCAAGAGCGCUAACUAUAACAAGAACUAUAUUAGUGUCCACACCAACGGACGGGAACUUUCUUUUUGUUAUAACCGCGCAUUUGUCUGCAGCUUUAAGGCCCCGAUAUACUCACUUUAUUGUUCUUCGCUUAGUAAAAAGAAGUUUUGAGAUACGCAAUCAGCUAUAUUCUGUUAGAGAACAUCCUGACGCCAUGGACCAGUGGUAGCAGUUCCAAGGUGUUUACUUUUCCAGAAAGUUUGCUUGGGCAAGCUGUUUCGAGCUCCAGAAACUAACUUUGUUUUGGGCUGAUUUUGUUCUAAAUCAUGAAGUAUAUUGGGUCCUAUAUACAUGCAAGCUUGGGUGGCAUCUGAUUGGCUUAAAAACCUUUUAGUUCAUUGUUAUAAUUAUCAUCUUUGGUGUGAAUGAACCUUAAAGUCCUAAAGCGUUUUUUUUUUCUCAUGGUUAGCAUUAGUGAGAAUGUAUCGAUGGAAAGGAGGCACUGCUUAGGCGCUGCUAAGCCUGGCUUUGGCCGUCAUUAAACUGACUUAUAUUAUAAGAUGCCUUUCCUUUUGUCAAUGGUUUUAAUAAUAUUGUAAUUAUCAUCAAAUUUAUUAUGGAGUGAAACACUGAUUUAUGAAAACAUGGGCUUUCCCCAGCAGUGUAAAGAAAGUUCUCAUUCAGUUAAAGGGAUAGUUCGCCGAAAAAGAACAAUUCUGUCAUCAUUUACUUGCCCUUAUGUCUUUCCAAAUCUGUAUGACAGAAUACAUUUUGAAGAUCAAUUUUUUGUCUGUUCAGUGGAAGUUAAUGGGGUUUAAAACAACCCUAACUUUCAUUGUAUGGGCAAAACACUUUUUAUUUACUUAUUUACAUGGGGUGAGUAGAUGAUGACAGAAUUGUCCUUUUUGGGUGAACUGUCACUUUAAUGCAAUGUGGUAACAGUAUUGUUGGCAGUCUCAUGCCAGACCAGGCUCAUAUGUGCAGCUUUUCAUUCUUGCUAUUUGAAAAGCAUAUGAAAUCUUUUUUAGUGAUGAACUAUUUGAGGGUAUUUCAAAAGGGGC